CACACUCCUACAAAAGGUUGUACCACCACACCACCAGCCUCAUUGCUCUCAUUGCAUUGUCUCCUCUUCCUACUGCUGCUGCUGCUUUCUCUCUCUAGGCUGCUUGCUUUGCUUGCCCCUCUCUCUCUCUCUAUCUACAAAUGUUCUCUUCUUUUGAGAGAAGAGAGGAAUAGCUGCAACACAAAGGAAGGCACUGCUUGCACUGUGCAGUGUGCAGGCACAGCCAAGUUUUCAAAAGAACCCGCCAUCUUCUUUCUCUCUCUACUGUCCUAGCAAUUCUCUCUCUAGCUCCAGUAUUAAUUUCUUUCCAUCCUCCAUUUUCUUGGGCACCGUGCGAGCUUAGCUCUGCACUGUUUGCCUCAGUUGGGUUGGUUUGGUUUGGUUGCUUCUUCUCUGCUUCAACGGUUGGUCGACUUCAAUGCAAGAAAGCAUCGGCAGCAAUUGCUCCUCCCGUUGAGUUUUUCGUCGUCGUUUGAAAGCGAAGGAGACGGCGACGGCGACGAGGAGGAGGAGGAGGGAUUAAUGUCGUCCAUGGCCUCCAACGAAGAGGUCGGUAAUGAAGAUGGGAGGCAGGAGGAUCUGCUUGUUAAGGAAGGGCCAGGGGAGCACCAAGAAAACACCAUCAGAGAUUCCGACGAAGCGAAAAAUGAGGAUUGCAGCAAUAGCGGGUCAGUAACCGAAGCCGUCGUAUCAAGCGAAGAACCCAGUGACAGGAGCAGCACUGAAGAACCCAGUGACAGGAGCAGUACUGAAGAACCCAGUGACAGUAGUAGUGGUGGUGACAGUAGCAGCCAAUCUGCUGAUUCUGAUGGAGGUAGCAAAGAGGCGCCUAAGAUGGAUUCGAAGGCCGGUAACGAUGACAGCAGCGAGUGCACCGAUCAGAGCUCUCCUCGCGCGGUGCUAGACAUCUCGGUAUCCGGUAGUGUCGACUCCGAUGAGAGCUCCUCCGUUGAGCAGCCAGCGGAGUCGAAUCACAAUACGCAGUGGAGGAACCUGAUCAGUGGAUUGAUACUCAGGAGGAGGAAGUCGAUGGCGAGAGCGGGGACAUUCCCUCAGAGAACCAAGACCACAGGGCUUAAGAGGUACCUGGAGAGGAUGCGGAGCGGCAAGAACCAGAUCGAUUGCGGCGCCAUUGCUCCUGAGAUCCUUCCUGAGAUCAGCAAGUGGAGGCCAUCAUGGAGAAGCUUCGACUACAGUGAGCUUUGUGCUGCAACUGACAAAUUCAGUUCAGAAAAUUUGAUCGGAAAAGGCGGGCAUGCUGAGGUGUACAAAGGACAUCUUGCUGAUGGACAAUUUGUAGCAGUGAAGAGACUAACAAAAGGUGGUAACAAAGAGGACAGGAUUAGCGAUUUCUUAUCUGAGCUUGGAAUAAUAGCUCAUGUUAACCAUCCAAAUGCGGCACAGCUCUUGGGGUUCAGUGUGGAAGGGGGCUUGCACUUGGUUCUUCAGUUCUCACCUCAUGGAAGCCUGGCUUCUGUUCUUCAUGGCACAAAGGGAGCCCUCAAGUGGAAGGCUAGGUUCAAUAUUGCUCUUGGAAUUGCUGAAGGACUGCUUUAUCUACAUGAAGGCUGCCAUCGACGCAUAAUUCACAGAGACAUCAAAGCAUCAAAUAUCCUUCUAACUGAAGAUUACCAACCUCAGAUCUCAGAUUUUGGACUUGCAAAGUGGCUUCCUGACAAAUGGACUCAUCAUGUUGUGUUCCCCAUUGAAGGGACAUUCGGGUAUAUGUCUCCAGAGUAUUUCAUGCACGGGAUCAUAAAUGAGAAGACUGAUGUGUUUGCAUAUGGAGUUUUGCUUCUUGAACUAGUGACAGGACGGAAAGCCGUGGAUUCCUCCAGACAAAGCCUAGUAAUAUGGGCAAAACCAUUGCUCGACUCGAACAACAUGAAGGAACUAGUGGAUCCUUCUCUUGAUGUUGGAUAUGAUCCAGAAGAAAUGGCUCACAUCCUAGCAGUGGCAUCCAUGUGCAUUCACCACAGCUCAAGCUCGCGGCCUAGCAUGAAAUCGGUGGUCCGUUUCUUGAAGGGGGAUAGGGAAUCACUCGAAAUGAUGCAAAUGCAAAGACCAAAACUCAUGAAACCCCUCAUGUUCGACUCCGGCGAUUCAGAGGAUUAUACUCGCUCAAGUUACCUCAACGAUCUCGACCGGCACAAGAAGCUUGCCUUGGAGCAGUGAUACUUGAGUUGAUUUUGACUGCCAUCUUUUGUACAUCAUCAUCAUUAUCAACAUUGUGAUCCUCCUCCUUUCCAAAGGUGUAGUAGUAUGCAGGCUGUAUGGAUGGAUGUAAGGGUUCAGUUUAUCAGUUGCUCCCUUUGUUGCUGAUCACCAUGGUGUCAUUUUGGCCAAAUGCAUGUUGUGAUACCAUUAUUCGAUCGAUGGACCAUUUCAGCC